AUGUCCCCUCCUGUUCACAUUUCCAACAUAAAUUUGAAGGCUGAAGCAGGACUUCCUCACUUCAGCCAGGGUCCCCACCCCACGUGAAGUGCUUCCACACUGGAAUCAUAUUGCUGAAGGGAUGACAGGCAUGCCACUGACCACUCUUUAUAAGCAAGUAUUCAUAAACCAGAAACAACUGCUUUAUAAUCCAAACUUGGAAAAAGUGCAGCAAGCUAGGAUCCCAGUUUUUUUUAACAUUAUAAUGACCUUUUGAUUUCUGAUUAGUUAAGGGCAAAUGAAAACUCUCUUCUGUAGUUUUGAAAGAUACCAGCAUAGUAUUCUUCUGCAUUUUUUUGAGUCUGUAGAUUUGAUGGGAAGGAAUGAGUAACGUUCGAUUUUUCUGAUUCUAUCUCCAUGUUCAAAGCUGCCUUUUUAAACGCAAUUCCUUCUGUUCUCCUUAGCAGCAUUAUCCUAGAUCCUGGAACUCUGAAAAAUCUCCAAAUCUCAGCCUGAGACUGUUUACCUUCUAAAUCUUUUUGGCAAACAAAAAACAAAAAAACCCCCCACCCUCCCCUUACUGCUUUGUUUCAACUGUAGAUACAGACUUUUUAAAGCCAAGGAAGGUUUGCCUAGUUAUCUGAUUGAGGAACUGAAUAAGGAACAGCAAAUUUCCAUUCUCUUUGCCUUCUCUCUGGUCCUUUGGAUCCAUUCCCUGAUCUGAAAUUGCAGUUGACUUCUGGUGGCAGCACUGUGAUUGUUCAUAAAGUCAGCAGGACCUUCGCUCAACCUGAAGAAAACCUUCGCUUCACCAUUCUUUGUCAGAUACUGGAGGCAUGUAAGCCUCGUUAUUUUGUCCUUGUGCGCUCUCUCCACAAUCUUCUUUAUUUCCCUUCACUCUAUGUCAACAUAACUGGUUUCUGUUUGUUUUGGGGUUUUUUGUCCCAUUGAGCAGGAACAUGCAAGGAAACCCCAAAUCCUGAAAUUUUAAUGUGAAUGUUUAAUAUAUUAAGUUUUACUGGUUUGAAUGGAAAACAGCCCACCUGAUCAUUUCAACUACCAAUCAGUACUUUAGAUGGGCCCCCACUGCCCUCCCCUCAAAAAGCCCUUUUAACCCCUGAGUUUGGAAACAUACUUGGUAAGCUUUGGGGGUUUUGCAAGGAAGAGAUGGUGGCCCAUAUUUAAUUUUCAGAAAGAGACCUGCAAAAGACUGAGGCUUAUAAGACACACCAUUGUCUCAAAAACUUUGUAAAAGGCAAAUUGCCACUUGCUUAGGGGAAAAGACUUUGUUUACACUCAAUUUCUGCAAAAUGUUCCUGCAGUCUAGUAGAAACCAUUAGUGGAACAAUUUUUGGAAUCCUGAUAAAAGUCUAUAAUUUGUCCACGGAUUUGCUGUGCUCUUUGUUUGCCUUUAGCCAAGGAAGAUUUUCAAAAAUAAUGUGUGUAAAUUGUGGCUGCUUGUCUAUAUAUAGGGAAAGUUGGGAAAUAUUAGGAACUAAUCUCUACAAAUGCACACAUUCCACAUGGAUAUACAGUAUUUAUUUCCCAUUUGCUUCUCCCCAUAACACAAAUAUAGUUAUAGGCAAGAAAAUAACAAAGCAUUUUAUAUUUCUUCAAAAACCUUGAGUGGACAGUAUGCUGCUUAUUGCUGAUCCAUUAUUUUCAAAAGUGCAGGUGUAAAAGUAUUAUUUAAAAUGCUGCUAGGUAGUGUCACUCCACAUUCAAGAGCCUCCUGACAUUUUAACAAUAGUUCAGCAGAAUUUUGCUUGAAGUUCAUCUCCCUGCUUCUGGGUUGAGCAAUUAUCCAUGGCAAGUAUCCAAGCCAUAGCUAUUACGAAAUUAGGUUUCCAGAAGGAAAACUAAAACUGAAUCGUCCACAAAAAGGAUGUUUAGAUAUUGGACAAAUAAAUGCAAGCUGGAAUACCAACCUAACACGCUCUUAUCAGCCCACCAAGUUUCGUGACAAAGCUGGUAUUUCUUUACACUGACCUUUCAUGACCGUGUACCUUACAGGGCGAUCGGGCAGUACUGAUCCUACUCAUCCAUUUGCACUUGCCACGAGCUGGGGAGCCAGAAACAAAGUAAUCCGGAAAAAUGAAUUCGAAGGAGGACUGAAGAAUACCCGGCUUGGCCGUCUCUUGCUCACUCUAAAGCUCUGAGGCAGAUCGGCCGCUAAGUAGAAGGAGCAAGCAAGAGAGCGCUUCUCUGCUCGCCCCUCCUUUUGUCCCUCGGUGCCGAAGGCCUCGCGUCUCCCAAGGCUGCUGCUACUGCACGUUAAUAUACCUAAUCACUUCGCACGCAUCCAGGUCUUCGGGUCCGCUGCCGUCCUAGUUCCUAGCCGAGACCGAAUAUGGACGACGCGAGCUACUAUGCAAAUCAGGGAUCGCAGUAUCCGCCAAUAAGAGCGCAGCUCCGCUCUCUUCGCCGCCAAUGGGAAGCCACCGAGAGGAUGAGCUUGGAUUUAUAUCCUUCAGCCUCUCGCGCUUGUUGUCAUUGCAGCUGCGGGGACUCGGCGACCCUGUGGAGGGUGGCCAACGACGAGGCCGCUUCAGCCUGCCUGCUUUGCAAGCGGGUCUCGGGUCUCGGCGCCUAGCUCUUCGCGAGCGCCCAGCCUCGCCUCGUUAUGUCCGGCCGAGGUAAAUCCGGAGGAAAAGCCAGAGCCAAAGCGAAAUCUCGCUCCUCUCGAGCCGGCCUCCAGUUCCCAGUCGGGCGAGUGCAUCGGCUGCUGCGGAAAGGCAACUACGCGGAGCGUGUGGGCGCCGGAGCGCCUGUCUAUUUAGCCGCUGUGCUCGAGUACCUCUCGGCUGAGAUCCUGGAACUGGCCGGCAACGCUGCGCGGGACAACAAAAAGACCCGGAUCAUCCCGCGGCACCUGCAGCUGGCCAUUCGCAACGACGAGGAGCUGAACAAGCUGCUGGGUGGGGUGACCAUCGCCCAGGGUGGGGUUCUGCCCAAUAUCCAGGCCGUGCUGCUGCCCAAGAAGACCCAGAGCUCCAAGAAAUGAGGCCGGCUGCCUGGCUAAAGGAAAGCGCGCGGCCAUGCAUUUCCUUGCGCCCCACCCACAGGAUCUGGUGCAGCGGACACCGGACAUUGUCUCCUUUCUUCCGCGUCACUUGGCGCAGCCAGUGCCGGGCAGAUUUGUUUACCGCAUCGUCUGCCCUGGCGCGGCCGGCGCUGAGCCGUCCCUUUCCUCGCUAGCGCUGAUGCCGGCCCUCUUCCCGCCUCCCGCCUCCGCGCUGCUGGUGCUACAACCGCUGGGCUUCUCGUGCGCUUUCUCGCCUGACGCGGCCGAGCGCUGAGCCCGCCGCGCUCGUCCCUGCCCGUUUUCAGUUCUAGGGACCGAUGUGGGAAGAGCAGUCAUCACCAUUUUUCGUGUCACAGAAAGGGCACGUGCGUCGGGCCUGGCCGCCACCUAGCGCCCCGCAAAUAGAUUUUUUGUCUCCGCCCCUUUCCCUGAGACGGUUGAGCCUAACAACAUCCAUUGCCUUGGAGCUGUGUGAUCCAUAGCGUCAGCGAUGGGGGGGGGGUCCCCUUUAUUUUGCUCCCUUAAAUCACUCUUCAAUUCCUCUGGAGAAGAGGAGAGGGAAAAGGGAUUAGGCUUUUUUUUUUUUUUUUUUAAACCUGGACUGAUCGCUGCAUUUUUAUUUAUUUUUGGAGAACUGAAAAAAUGGGAGUCAUGAAGGUGGGAAAGUCAUGAAGCAGCACAGGCCAACAUUGGGAAGGAAGGAAACUGGUUAGACAAUAGGCCGCAGUGUGUGACAAUGCUGAUUUUUUUUUUUAUCCCCUUCUGUACCUAAAAGGUGAGAGUAUACAGAGGAGGGAAGGGUUGGCCUCUACGUUGCUUUCUUGUUUGCACCAAUACUCAACCUAUUCUCUUAAAACUGCUCUGUCCCAGAGCUGGAGAUGGUAAUGGAUUAAUCUCCCUGAUGUUGCUGCACAUCCCCAUUAAAUGUGAUCAUGAAUUUAAGGAUUAAAAAAAAACAUGGGAGGGAAAGAAGUGGCCCGGAAAUUCUAAAUGUGAAAAGAACUUCUUUUGCUGAGAAAGGAAUGGUUUCAUAUGUUAACUUUUCCCUUGUGUUUGCUUUAUGAUGAGCUAUUGUGUCAUUGUGCUGGCCAUUCCUGUUUCUUUGUUGAGUUUUGAUUUUUGUUGUUGCAACAAAAUCUUACCUAGUAAAUAACCUUGACUGAGUAUGUGACACAUCUUUGUCUUAUGGUCUUCCCCUCAAGCAGUUCUUGUUACACCUAAGAUGUUCCAGAGGCAAAAGUGGAAUAGGAGUGCCACCCGCAAGGAAGAUUCUCUUUCAAACAAGGGAGGGGAGGGAGGAAUGGGGAAGGGAGGUGCUGUUUAUCUCUACUUUUAAUGUGGUGCAUUCAGAUCUGAAUGUGCUUAACAGUUUAUCUGGAAACCCAUUUUAAGCAAGGGUCCUUUGAAUUUAGGUCUAUUUUUGUCCUUUUGAUGUCACCCAGAACUAAAAUGGCUUAAAUCGAAGUAUUUUAGUGUGACUGCUUUUGUGGUUUUCAGCCUCAAUGAUAUGUGUUGUUUCCUUGAAACAGUAAGCAGUUUUGUUGUAUUUUCUCCCUCCAUUAUGAAUUCUCUUGUAAUGUCACCUGUAAUGAUUGAAGUCUAGCAUUUGUACCCUAGUUUGCACUUUAAUCUUUACACAGUAUUUUUUUUUUGUUCAGAAUUUUGCUUCUAGUGCUUAAAAUAGAGUGCAAGUAUGGUAUCCAUCUAAUUGUAAUCCUCAGUAGAUUAAUGUUUGGAGGUUGGGUUUUUUUAGGAAAAAGAAUAAUUUAUACAAGAGUAAAAUAUCUAGUUAGUGUUGGUGGUUUACUAAAUAGGUGUUUGGAUAAUGUAUGAGCAUGGAAGUUGGCCUAGCCUGUCCUGUGAUGCCUAGUAGCUGUGGUACCAGAGCCAAAUCUUGCUUGCUUAGGUGAAAAGUUUAUAGAGCCAUGUGCAUGCAGCAGUCUCUAGACUAUUGAGCAAGUAGAACCUGUAAUCCUAUAUAUGGUCAGCUGUGUGUGUGCAGUUAAUAGCAUGUGUUCAAAUCAUCAUGUGGGAUGUAAAUCUGUGGAUGAACUAUUGUCUUGCUCUGGAUUCAGCUAAGGACAUCUAGACCAGUGGAGGUUGGGAUGCUUUAAUAACGGGAUAAAGAAAAUGGUUUGUUCAGUCAGUUGCUGGUAGAGUGUACAGUCUCAUUAGUGAUGCUCAAGAAAUAGAACCUCUAUCCAUCCAUGUCUGUUUGUCUUGCCUGUCUCCCAUUACAGACCCAGGGAAAAAAGACCUCUUGGAUUUAAAUAGCUAUCUCAUUCUUCUGGCAUCGGACCAGGCAGGCUCUUGCUUUCUGUGAGAAUGAACACUGAUUGCAUCACUGAAGGGAAGGGAUCCUUUAAAUGCAAAUAAUGGCUGAAAAGUGGAAAACAAGAGUUCCUUUAUUUGUGUUUUUCUGUCUUUUAAAAAUUAUUUUCAAAAUCAGUAUUUUGUGUUUUGUCAACUAUUGCUUUGUAUUAGAAAAUGCAAAAGUUGUGAUACUGGAAAGUGCGAAACAAAUAUUAAACUGAUUCAGUCUUGAGUACAUAUCAAA